AUGGCGGAGGCUAGAAGUGGAAGCGCUGAAUGCCAUUUUUCUGUCUGGGCAAUUCUAGCCUUCUUGGGCUUAGCUCUGACUAUAUCGCUGAUCUUCAACAUUUUCCACUAUGUGGAAAAGCAGCGACAAGAAAAAAUAUGCGCAUACUCUGAUGACUACUUUCCCAGGGAAGAUGAGUAUGAUCUCGAAGACACACCAAUUUAUGGUAACGUAGAUAAUGUGGCCUUAGAACCAGUGGAUGAAAACUGCUAUGAACAGAUGAAAGCACGACCAGACAGAUCUGUGAACAAACUGCAAGACGCCCCACCUUCGCAGGAAACUGAAGUAAGGUUGUGCUAUACCUCAUUAGAUCACAACAACGAGGGGAAGCGAAGAAAGCCCAAGAAACAGAAAACUCAUUUGUCAGACAAGGAGGAAGAGGGGCAGAUCCAUGCAAUGGAUAUCAGCCUUUCUAAGACCACUUUGGUGGACAGUUUCCCACCAGAAAGCGAGGAAAUAGAGGAAAACAUUCACGAUGAUCCCAUCAGGCUGUUUGGAUUGAUCCGUGCACAGAAAGAAGGUUUACACUCACUCGACUAUGAUCUAGCUCAGUGA